AUGCCACGACUCGGAGGGCCCUACGACUGGGGAAAUCCCUGGGAAGGAACAGAAUUCGAAGACAUAAUUGAUGAAUUGAUUGAGAAAACUGAUGAAAACAGGGAACAGCUGGAUAAGAUUCAGGCAACCUUGGAUUCACUAAAGUAUGACUUUGAAGCUUUUAAAAAUGAUAUAAUAAAAACAGUUGUAAAUAUAUACAAGAAUCUAAACGAAAUGCAGUAG